UAUUUGCAAUCGUGUCAUUACGAUUUCUUGAGUCGUGUUGAGGGUGGCAAGAUUAGGGUGAGAGAUGUCAUAAGUCAUGUCGUCAGCAAAGAGAAUGGGUUUCAGGUUUUGGGAUACGUUUGGAAGAUCAUUGAUAUAAAUGAGGAAGAGCAGGGGUCCAAGGACACAUCCCUGUGGAACUCCAGUAUCAAGUGGCCAUGUUGAUGAUGCUGUGUCUUUAAUGGUGACAUACUGAUACCUAUUAGUAAGGUAGGAUUUAAAAUAUGCAAACACAUGGCCUCUUAUACCAUAAUGGUCAAGUUUGUGGAGUAGGAUGCCAUGGUCUACUAUGUCAAAAGCUGAUGUCAUUUGUUUACUCUUGAACGUAGUCAAGCAAACGAACAUUUCUCCCUCGAUGAGCUCAAUUUCAAGGUACUUUUUGUCGUGAAAGCAAUCAAAAUCAUAUCUAUUUUUGUAAUAUAUCUCCCAUUCUAUCAAAUGAGACCAAAAACACGAGAAUACAACCAUAAAAACACAUGAAAAUACCACUAAGGGGUGGCUAAUUGCUGAGAAGUAAACUUCAUUAUUUAUGCUCCGAUUUCUUUCAUUUUUGGUGUAUGUUAAGAAGCAUCUUUCCAUCAUACAUUGCCCAAGUUUUAAUAAGAUAGUCCAACAAACAAAUGAGAUACAAUUCCCUAGAUCAAGAGCAAGAGCCGCUCACCAGCAUCAAGAAACCUCCCUCGAGGUCUGCUUGCUUAUGGAAAUUUUGCUUGCGUAUGGAAGCAAAAAAUCAACCCAUCGUCUGCUAGUACAGUGGACCCCCGGUUUACGAUCAGCUCCCAAUGUGACUAAUUAUGUAAGUGUAUUUAUGUAAGUGCGUUUGUAUGUGUAUGUUUGGGGGUCUGAAAUGGACUAAUCUAAUUCACAAUAUUCCUUAUGGGAACAGAUUCGGUCAGUACUGGCACCUGAACAUACUUCUGGAAUGAAAUGCUAAUAUCGUAAACCGGGGGUCCACUGUAUUUGGAAAAAUGCGCACAUGGAUGCGCUUGCAAGUAGAGGUUCCACUGUACUACUAUUAUUACUGCUUCAUGCUGUGCAAAUCCUUCAAAGUACUCAUCAGUACAGAAUAGAUGAUAAAAUAUAUCAUUUAUUUUCCACUCUGUGCAUUGCUUAAUUAAUUUAUCUAAAUUUUGUAUGAUUUUAUUGUGAUGAUUUUAUUGUGAAGUAUUUAUGAUUGCACGUGUUUAAUCCUGACUCUCUUUUUUUUCAGUAUUCGUGAAAAGACACAAGCUCACCGUAAACUGAUAGAUGAUGUUCCUCAUCCUGUCAAACUUGACCGUUUACAGAGGAUGAUUAAAGUAUUCCGUAGUGAAGCAACUGUGAUAAAUAAGUCUCAGGUUGGUCAAGAGAAGCUGGUUUUAGUGGAGGGAACCAGUAAACGCUCUAGUAGUGCACUAGUUGGAAGAAAUGAUGGCAACACAAGGACUCCACCACUGCCUCCACCAAUGCCUCCACCACUGCAAGUCCCUACUACCCUCCCUCCGACCCCCUCCCUAACUGGCAGCCGGCCCUCCCACCACUCAGUGUGGUAAUCUUCCCUAAUGUAGAAGUGGAGGAUGCACACAGUGGCAGCACAAAAAAACUCAAACCAGGAGACUAUGUAUGUGUGUUGAUUACAGAUUCAUCUGCUCAAGUUCUGAAAGGAAUUCCUCUUGCCAUUACCAC